GAGAAGUGAUGGACGGAGAACCGAUUGUCAAGUUUGUACUCAACGUACAAACUACAAUUUUUUUGAGAUAAUUCAAUUACAAUAUUCUUCAUAAAAUAUUAGAUGGAAAAAAUAAAAAUAAUUUAAUACAUCAAAUGUUUGAAAGCUCUAAUAAAACAAUUAGCAAACGAAGCGCAGACGCAAGUAGGGUGUUCUAAACGGGUAGUAGUACGAAGUUUACUAGUAAUCAAUGACGCGACAUAGUAUACUUAAAACUACUUGAAGACCAUUAGCGUGGGAUGUGUUAAAUUGACCGAAAGAAAAUAAUGUUGUAUUCAACCAAAUAAUCGAACAAUUCAAACUGUUAAUUAAUGGUUAACAAUGACAGCCAUACACGUUUGACCGAAAAAGUAACAACUUAUGUCGAGUGGCAGUAAAAUACAAAUGCUCCACUGGCUGUUGCAUUAUUAGAUUCUGUUAAUAGGGCAGCCAUAAAACAUGUCAAUCUAAAGAACUAGUGGAGUAGCAAUGGGUGAAACGACCUUGUGAUAUAAUUGUAGUCAAAUUAAAAUGACAGUGUGUGUAAAAUGGAGUGAGCAUUUUUGUGCACUGCGAACGAUGUAUACGUUAAAUUUAAAGUACAUCGUGACUUCCGAUCAAAAAUGUGAAGAAGAACAAACUUAAAUAUGGGUAGCCAAGGAGUUGGGGACAUUCCAACAAUAUUUCAUCCCCAACAAAUUCAUGCUCCAAGUAUAAUUCUUGGAGAUGGUCAACAGAACCAUGGCCCUCAAAGCACCAGUGGUCAACUUACUCGUGACAAUUCUGGCUGUGAACAGCAACAAGGAUGUAGCAUUAGCGGUGGCCGAGAUUCCGUGCCAAGUUGUCGGCCAUUGGACACAAGCGGAAGCGGAACUGGAGGUGGAGGUACAGAUAAUCAAGGACAUGGUAUAGGUCAAACUCAAGUUCAAUCCCAUGUAACAGCACCUCCAGUCACUUACCAUCAGAGAUCUAAUUCUUUAUCCACAUGUUACGCAUCCUGUUGUGCAGAAUCUGCAAAAAAGAUAUAUUUUGGAGUGUGUGUUACAAUAUGUGUCACAGCAAGUUGGGUUGGUGCUACACACUGUAUCAAAUAUUUAUAUUUUCACAAACAUGAAACUCCUAAUUAUUCGUCGUUUUCUAAUUCAUCCAUUACAGGACGUCAUCAGCAUACGGUUCCAUAUAACGCGCCAUUUUUUACGACCUGGUUUUGUACAAAUUGGGAAAUUCUUUACUUCCCAGUUUAUUUUCUUUGCCAAUCUAUAAGGAUAAAAUGUAAUACUCCAUCAGAAAUAAUCGCGGAGAGUUUACGAGGUUUCCGUGAUAAAGGAUUCACUGGUGGUCGUUUUUUGAUCAGAUGUAGUCUUUUUUGUGGACUCUGGGUAGUUACAAAUUACAUGUAUAUUUAUUCGCUCAGGAUACUACUAGCCACCGAUGUAAUGGCACUGUUCGCGACGAACGUCUCUUGUGUCUAUUUAUUAUCGUGGGUUAUUCUUCACGAACAAUUUGUCGGUGUAAGGAUAGUAGCGGUGAUUUUAUGCAAUACUGGAAUUGCACUUUUAGCGUACAUGGAUGGUAUAACCGGAAGUCCAACAUUAGGAGGUGUAGUUUUGGCAACAUCCGCGGCAGCCGGAUCAGCAGUUUACAAGGUGCUGUUUAAAAAAGUAAUAGGAGAGACAACAUUCGGCCAAAUGUCAUUAUUUUUUUCUCUUAUUGGAUUAUGCAAUGCAGCUCUGUUAUGGCCAAUUUGUUUGGCCCUUUAUUUCUCGGGAGCAGAAAGCGUACACUGGGGACGAUUACCAUGGACAACGUUGCUUUCAGCAAGUAUUCUACAUCUAGUUGCAAACAUGCUUGGUAACUUCAGCAUUGCUCUAACGUAUGAUCUAUUCAUCACGUUGGGGUUGAUCACAGCAGUACCUGUAUCCGCUGCAUUGGAUGUACUUCUGUACGGGGCUCAUUUCAUGGGAAUGAAACUGGCAGGAAUGAUCUUUAUAGCGGUUGGAUUCUUCCUCGUGAUGUUCCCGGAUAAUUGGCCAGAUUACAUAACCAGACUACUCCGGUAUGCAUUUCAUAUGUAUUUCGUAUACAUAAUUUAUGGAUGCCUGGAAUAUGCAACAGGUUUAAAGUAUAAGUAAAUAAACACUUUUUAUAGCUAAGAAUACAAUUGUUACAUACGAAAAUGAAAUAUUUGGCUGUAUGUUUAAACGAAACGAUGAACUUACACGUAACCAGGUUUGAGGUGAUUUAUGCAGUCUUAUUCGUACAGCUUUUAGAUAGAUGUAAAAUUUGAAAGUUUAUGUGAUAGUUACGUUCAACUUGCUAAUCAUUUGUCAAGUACAGUAACUCUAAAUUGUUAUACAAGAUAGUAGGGAGGUAUUUCCACGUUAUGAAAGUAUUUUUUUUACGUCGACUCCAUACGUCGAAUUAUCGAAGAUUUAAUUAAAACAAAUAAAAAUAUACAUAUAUACAUAUUACAGUUUGAAGGAGCAAAUAUUAUAGUUGUUGAAAUUUAUUAGGCCAAUGUUAUAUUUCUUUAGAUUUAAAUGUGAUCGUUAUGGUGUUAAAUAGAACUAUUCGAGUGGUCAAUUUAAAUGGAAUAUCCUAUACAUAUAAAGGGCGUCUCAUAAAAAGAAGUAUAUCGUGAAAACUACAAAUUCUCCGUGCCAAUAGAAAAUCGAAAAGUUCUUUACAAUUUUGAAAUAUUGAGGGAGGGAGGAUUCAACUUUCAGACACGCGAUUGAUAUCCCAGACAUAAAAACACAUGUGCAGUAUCAAACAAAAUAGGCAUCCCUUAAAUAUUAAAAAUAAUUUAGAAAAGAAAUAAUGAAGUUCUUAAUUAUUAUAUUUCAUAGUAUAGAAGUAUAAAAUAUGAAUAAUAAUAUAAAUAUCAAUUCAAAUUCUCCUGCGUAAACGUUGUUGCGCAAGUGGUGGGGGCCUCUCCCAUACAUCGUCAUUUCCUCCGAGGCCGCCUAGGGGAAAGGGUGGGAGCUGGGAAUCCGAUAGCGAAACCUACUAUGCUAGAUACUGUACACGCCACAGCCGACUCUAGUAAAUACUAGCCGUGCUGAAGUAAAAACACGUAAUUGUUACUGAACAGUUAAAGUUGCAAUUCAAUAGAGAUUUAAUGUGUUUUUUCUCGCAUCUUACAAAUAAAUACAGGAUAUUAUUACAAGUUAAAGUACAUAAUUAUAAUUGGAUAAUAAAACAAGUACAUGUACAUAUAUAAAUAGGAUUAGGAUUAGUAUUUUGACGUAUUUCAAAUGUCGACGUUAAAAACAUACAUCCAUAAUUCAGAAAUACUUGGAAUAGUAACGAAUAUUAAAAAAAUAUAUAUAAAAUGUUUCUAUUAGUUUACCUCGGGAACAUAUAAUUUUUUUUUUAUAUAAACUGCGAAAAAGUUUAAUUAUUUGCAUUUAAUAGAUUUAUAUAUUUAUAUAAAUGAAGCAUCUAUCGAAAAAACCUACGUAUUGUAUUUUUAAAGUGAAAUGAUCGAUCAAUUAGUAUUUUUUUUCCAGUAUUUUAAAUUUACUGUUUACACUGCCACUGUGUAUAAUAUAUGAAUUACAUAAACUAUUAGAAACGGUUUUCUUGAAAAGUAAUAGCAGUAGCAGCAUAAUUCUUUUUUUUUGGUUUUACGGUUAGAGAGAAGCUUUUAUCUGAUGUAUGAGGUAUUGUUGGCGCAUCCCUUGGGAACUGGGUGCGGUGGCAAUAUCUUUUUUUUUCUUUUCAUGUUUUCCAAUAACUCAUUGAAAAACAAAUAAUAUUUAUUCGAAACAGUGAACUAUAAUAAAUAAUAUCUUUCACGCGGAGAACUUUAAAAAAUAAAAUUCAGCAAAAAUAUGAAAAUAAAUUUGACAAAUAUGGAUUUUCUUGACUUUUUAUGGUAUCAUUCGGAUUUUAGUUGUUUACUUUGUAAGUUAUAGACACAAUGUUUGCUUGUUCGUUAAGAAUUGUUUCCGAUACAAACCGACGAAACGUUCAGUUACGUAAAGAAUACAAGAAAAUUGCUUGAGCUGCUUACUGUGUU